AUGAGUCCCAGUCGCGUGCCCAAGAACCUGGCGUUUCAGGUUCCGCAUCCGUUCAAGCAGCUCGCGGUUCGACUGUCGAAUCCGGCUCGCUGUUCUCUCAGCCCGCGAAGCUCGAUCAAGGGAAGCUUCAGCUUCCAGCAGGACAUCGACAGCCGUUCACCGCCGCAUCUACAUCUUCCUGGGCAACCAGGACGCCAGCAUUACCAUCGCGAGGACCCACCACCGCUUGUGGACGUGGAAGGUCAGAAGCACUUGAUCGUAGAACCUUUACUGGGUCACGAGGACCCUCGUCAUGAAACGACAUCGUCGCGAUUCUAUGCGCGCGCGGUUCUAACCGCGCGCAAGUACCGUCGCUCUUCGCUUCUACGAGACGUUCCAGACGUCGUUCGGGUAUACGAGUCCGUGCAUACGCUUGGCUUAGAUUUGAUCGACGACCUGAGUGUUCUCGCGGUGAGCGAGAACGAGACGAACGAAGACUGUGUCGUAGUGAAGCGUCACCACGACUCCGGAGCCAAAAGCGAUUGCGAGAACUUCGUGGUGAAAUGUCACCACAACGACGAGAUGAAGAGCGACGACGAGAACGUCGUGGUGAACGUGUAUCACUACGACCACGCAAACGAAAAUGUCGGGGCGAGCGUGUGGCACCGCGUCCCCGAGAACGCGAGUGGUGUGGGCGUUUGCGUCUUUAGUAAUCGCUUGGCUUGUGCGUCCGUUGGGUCUUGUGGUUGA